AUGCCCGAAAUCUACCACAUAGCUCUGAUUGGCAUCGGCCACAGAGGCUACAAGACGCACUUUGCCAGUCUCCACGGAUCGCCUUCCGAGUCGAUUGUCGCCGUCUGCGAUGCCAAUAAGCAGACACUCAGUCACUUCUCUAGCAAGCAUCCUGACAUCCCAGCCUACGAGUCCAUCGAAGAGCUACUCGCCCAACACAAGCCCGACUUUGCGCUCGUGUGUCUGCCGCAUACAGUCUACGGGAAGUGCAUCGAUGCGCUUUCUGCAGCAGGUGUUCCGAUUCUCAAGGAGAAGCCGGCGGCCAACAAUCUUGACGAGUAUGAGAGCCUGCUCAAGCUACCUGUGCCGAUUGGCGUGACCUUUCAGAAGAGGUUCGAGCCGCGGUACCACCAGCUCGUCAGCCUUCUGCCUCUUCUGGGACGCGUUGUGUCCUUUCGUGCAGUCCUGGCACGAAACAUCGAGAAUCUGGCGUCGAGUUGGAGAGCGUCGGGAGUUGGAGUCGCUGAGGAUCUGGGCAUACACAUGAUUGACAUCAUCAUCUGGCUUUUCGGCGAGCCGGAUUCGCUCAACGCCGUCAAAAUUGACGCUGUGCGGCAGUUUCAGAAGUACAGUGGUGACGACAUUGCCGACAUCUCUUUCAAAUGGAACGACAAAUCCCUCAUCGGUAACGUGCACCUCUCUCGUGUUGCCCACGCCGAUGCGGAGUCAAUCACCAUCACUGGAACAGCCGGCACCGCAAUACUCAAUGAUCGCACAGUCACUCUGGUGGACGCUAGCGGGACCCAGAUCGUGUCGGUCGACGACACAUCAUCAAAACAGAUGGUCGUCAGAAGGAUGGUGCGAGGCUUCGGCGACUUUCUUCAUGGAGUGACCACUCGCUACGACAGCUCGCUUGAGAGCCACCGAAGCACUGUACGAGUGCUGGAUGCAGCGAAACUCUCGUUUCUCUCUGAAAGGGGCGAAUACGUUCCCAUCGGCCGCGAAGGGGAAGAGCAUUGCCCCUGGCCCAUCAUCACGCCAGAGAUUGAGAAAGCCAUCGUCGGCCAAGCUCAUUCCUCGCUCUCCAUAUACAAUCGCUCCAACAUCUAUGAGACAUUCGAGGACAGGUGGCGCAGUCUCCAUGGCGUCAAGCAUGCGCUCGUCUGCAGUUCCGGAACGAUUGCCAUCCUCCACAUGUUCGAGGCUCUGCAACUACAGCCCGGAGAUGAAGUUUUGUGCCCUGUGUACACCUUCUUCGCUACGGCCACUCCUAUGUUGCAAUACGGCGCGGUACCCGUCUUCUGUGACUCACUGGAAGACGGGAACUUGGACCCGGACGAGAUCCUCGCCCGCAGCACGUCCAAGACACGGGCUGUGAUAGUCACUCACAUGUGGGGCCUCCCCUGCCGCAUGAAGAAGAUCGUUGAGAACGCUCGGUCGGUCAACGACGGUAUCAAGGUGCUUGAGGACUGCUCUCACGCACACACAGCCAUGGUGGAUGGCAAGAUGGUGGGCACGUGGGGCGACAUGGCGGCAUGGUCGCUCCAGGCAAAGAAGAACAUCACGGGCGGCCAGGCUGGAGUGUUUGCCACCAACUCGACCGACUAUUACGCGCACGCCAUCAUGCAUGGCCACUUCAACAAGCGCGCCAAGCAAGAGGUCCCCGAGAGCCAUCCCCUUCGCAAGUUCUGGCUGACCGGUCUCGGCUUGAACCUCCGUGCUCACCCACUCGCCAUUGCCAUGGCCAAUGUUCAGCUGUCGAACCAUGCCGUCACACAGAAAUGGCGCGAGCACUGGGCCCGACGCAUCAUCAGCCACCUGCAGGUCAUCCCGUUUCUCCGCAUGCCUGACGUUGCCAACCAAACGACGGAUCAGCAUGCCUGGUACGCGUUUGUGAUGCAGUUUGAUGCAUCGCAAGCGCCCGCAGAUCUCAGUCGCGACAAAUUUGUCAAGCUCUUAACCGACAAGGGUCUUUCCGAGGUGGACAUCCCGCGCAGCACCGGCCUGCUGAACAGCCUCCCGCUAUUUACUGAGACAGCCAAAGCGCUUCCCAGGUUCGGCACACCGGGGCCGUGGGGGAAGCCACAAGACACAAGCGAGUUUCCGCGGGCACUUGCUUUCUAUAACUCUGCCAUCAAGCUGCCGAUGUGGUCGCGAGGCCAGGAUGAGGCGAUCGUUGAUCGAUACAUCAAUGGAUUCGUCGAAACUGCUCACGAACAGCUCCACGGCACGUCAUUCCGCGCGCCGAGGCGCAACACCAUUCAGGCUAGGCUAUAG